UAUUUACAUAUACACAUAAUACUACACAUGUCGCUAAUACGAAUUCAUUUAGAAAAAUUAUGCCGUUCCUGCGGUUGCGAGGAGCAGUACUCAUUUUAAGCCGUACACAUCAUCAACUAAGUGAAGCAUUCGCGAUGCUAAAAUAAAAUAAAUUUUCUGUGGCCCACUCACAAAUAAACAACUUAAAUUAAAUAUGUGUAAUUAGUAUCCUGUUUAUAAAAUUAUUGGUAGUGAAUAGUGACUUCAGUAGUUAUACUCUACAUAACUAUUAUAAAAUGAACGUACGUCAACAUAUUCACAUCAGUGUUUUACAACGAUUUGCGUUAACAACAUUAAUUGGCAAGCUGAUUAUGUACAACUUAAAAUAGCAAAGCUGAUUGCACAUAAAAAAGAAAGCUGCUCAGUGAAACAAUCACGAUCCAUUUCAUUCAUACAUAGAUAGUACAUAUGUAGAUUAACAACAAAUACAUGCAGCAUGGGUGCGAAUUCAUCGAGCAGAUCGGACGCACAUCUGCUGAACGAUGACGAUGUCAAUUUUGAUCAUUUUCAAAUAUUACGUGCUAUUGGCAAGGGCAGCUUUGGCAAGGUAAGUGUUGAGAUUACAUUUAAUAUAUUUACUCAUGCAAAAAGUUAUCGAAACGUAUCGCUAGAGUAAUCAGUGUUGUGAAAAUGGAAAAAUCCCAAAGGAUGUUCAUUGUUAUAUUGAAUGUUCAAAUAAUGCAAUGUAUUUGGCGAAAAAAUUCCAAAUUUUGCGCGUAAAAUUAUAAAUAGAUGUUGAGGACUUAUAUAAACUCGAUAGCAUCCUCGAAUUUCAUUCUUUCAUCUUUAUCAGCUUAAAAAAUUACCUAUUGGUCCUUGUGAAUCCAAAAACUUUUAAUUUUUUUUA